AUGGGAAUAGCAACAAGCCGAGGUAUUAUCCAUGAUUUCUCAGGAAGCUAUUCUGUUUCUGAAGAUAGUAUGGCUUUUGGUUGGCCUACAUGGUAUCGACAGGCAGAUCCAAACACAAUUAAUGGUGGAGUAGAAGCAUGGGAUCGUGCUGUGUUUGAUGCAUCGGAAGAAUACAAAGGUCACAUGCAUACUUUGUUCUGUGAUAAUUGUUACUGUCAUGUUGCGUUGGCGCUGAAUAAGAUGAAAUAUGGUGACAGACAAGAUUACAAUUGUUUCCGGUUGGCCUACAUGCUGAUGUUUAAAGGUCGAUAUGUUGGAUUUGGUGGUUUCAUCAAGCAAUGGCUUCCGUUCACAAUAAUUAUUUUGUUUAUUCUUAUAAUUGUUGUUAUUGCAAAAGAUUAA